UCAUACAAAAAAAAAGAAUUUUUAACAAAAUAAAGACGAUCCGCUGGCCUUCCGCAGCCGUAAAAUACUUAUUUUUUUGAUAUACCAUCAUCAUGGUAGUGGGCGCAUUUCCAGCGGCAAAACUUGGAGUUCUAGCCAUCAAACAAAUAAGCAAACCAAUAGCAAAUGUUAUUAAAAAUAGUGCAAAAAAUAGUCCAUUCUUUAGGAAAUAUGUUUGCAUGCCACCGGCUCAAAUGUACAAUUGGAUGGAAGUCAAGUACAAGAUGUGGGCCAUGAAUUUGGGUAAACCUGCAAAAAUUCCUCAACUAACAGAACCAAUGGCCAUCGAACUGGGUGCCAAUUUAUUGGGUGAAGCUAUUAUUUUUACAAUUGGUGCUGGCUUACUUAUUGUAGAAUAUGUUAGAUCAGCAAAUAAAGAAGCAAAAAAAGAAGCUGAAGCCAAACAAGAAAAACUAGAACUUGCCUUAACCAUUUCAGAGCUUGGUUUUCGAGUUGAAAAGCAAGAUGCACAAAUCAGAGAAAUGACUCGAAUACUUGCCGACUUAGAUUCACGUUCGUUCUUUAAAUUAAUUGGCGCAAAAGAUCAUAAAAAGGAAAUCGAAGCAUUGCCCCUUAGUCGAUUGUCGAAUAACUCUCAAGCUCAAGUAUUUACCGGUAAUUACGAUCCUUCAUGUGGUGUUGUGUUUAAAGCAUUAAAUUACAUUGAAACUGAAAUUUUUAAUGAUAGCACAUGAUUUGGACGCCAUAGCCACAUCGGCUUAAUCAAGAUGUCAGUUUCGAUUUAAAAACAAAUCAUAGUUGAAUUAUUUUAAGUUUAAAUAUUAAAAUUAUGUAUACUUUCCAUCAAAUUUUGAAUUAUGAAAGAUGCUGGAUGUAGAGUGUUUUUCAUAUAAUAUUUGCUGCGCCUUCCUAAGUCCAAUCUGAGAGGCAUCGAUCGAGGAGGAUUUUACCUUAACGCACGGGCUGUUUUAAGUUUAAUGUAUACUAUGGUUAAUAAUUGUUAAUUUAUUUUCAAAUAAUGUGCUUUUCAUUUUCAAACAUGAAUUUUGAAUUCAAUAAGAAAAGCAAUAAUUUGUACAUAGUUUUUAAUUAAUAAAAAAAAAA